AUGAUGAAAAAAGACAUGAAAAACUUGAAAACUUUUUGUCAAAUAUGUAAUUCUACUGGAAAUGGACUUCAUUUUGGAGUCGAGGCUUGCAGAGGCUGCACUUCAUUUUUCCGUCGUUCCAUUGUCCAAGAAAAGGUGUAUAAAUGCAAUGAAGACUAUUCCUGUGACAUUGGAAAUCUCUCGAUUGAUAUGUCGCAAAAGUGUAGAAGGUGUCGAUUUGAGAAGUGUCUGAACGUUGGAAUGAAAAAGGAUGCAGUUCAGAAAAAUCGAGAUUCUUAUGGUAGUCGGAAGAAUUUGAUGGCAGUUGUACCCUCGCCAUCUGGAAGUAAUAGGCUCAAGUUCCCAGUACCUUCUUUGAUUUUGGAACCAAUUGGAAACAAUUAUUCACAUUUGGAAAAUCUCAGGCUAGUGGUGCAUUUGGAGGAGGGGAGCAGUAUGUUUAUGAAAAAAGUUCCGCGACGACACACAUUCAAAGAAACAGAUAAGCUGAUGCGAAUCGAGUUUGAAAUCAUCAAAGAUUGGAUUUUCAACUCGUUUCCUCAAAUAUCGGAUCUCGAAACUGACCAGAAGAAUAUUCUGUUGAGACACUUCUACAUCCAAUUCUUCAUUCUUGAAGGUGGUUUUCUUGCUUGUAAAAAACAACGGAAUGAUGUAUGGUUCUUGCCAAAUGGAGAUUAUAUUGACUGUCAGAAUCUUGGAAGUUUCUACACGGAUCACAGUAAACCACAACAGUCGUCGACGUACUCGGAAAAUGCGGCGAAAUUAUCAAAAGGAACAUGUGUUGGGUGUAGACGAAUGGUGACACAUCCGAUGUUGAGAGAGAAAAUUGAUCAAUUUAAGUUUUUGGCCCUCGCCGCGUUGAUAUUAUUCGAAUCAGGCCUCGAAGGACAAUCGAAAGAAAGUUCCGAGAUAUGCUACAAAAUCAGGAACACAGUACAACGGGAGCUUUUACAAUAUUAUGCAGCGAGGCGUGUUGAUGAGUAUUCUCUACGAGUGGGCAAUAUUUUAUCAAUACUUCCGAGUUUGCAGAAAGCCACUUACAAAAUGCUAGAUGAUAUGGAGCUAGUGCAUCUUCUCAACAACACCCCUGACGUUGGGUCAUUCUAUAAAUAUUUCUCAGAUCCGCGUUGUUAA